GCGGUCAACGCUAGAUUUUCCCGUUGACCAUACACCCCCCUCCCCUUUGCCGCCAAUCAAAACAUCCCUCCCCUUUCCCUUCACUUCCAUUCUUCGAGAUUUUCCCACCCUUCACACACGUCUCCCCUCUCUCUUUUCUUGAUUGUGGAUAAGCCCCAAUUCGAACAGAACAAAUCGUUGCUUCGACAAUCAAGGAUCGAAAGGGUUUCCGCCCUUAUUUUUCUUUUUGAUUUCACACCUUUUUGACCCCCCCCCCCCCCAAAAAAAAAAUCGUCGACUUGAUUUCUUAGGAUCACAAACAUCGUUGAAAGGGAGGGGAUCCUGAAUCGGAAAAAAUGGCGUUAUCGUGAAUGAGAACAUUCACCGUUCCAUCGUCUUCUUCUCCAGCUGAUGCUGUUAAUUUCGCAUAGACAUUGCCGAAGGAUCCCAAAUUACUCUCAAAUAAUAUGAAGGGUCUUCUCAAAGGUUUAAGAAACUUUCACAAUAUGUUCGAUGUAAAAGAACAAGAAAUGCAAAUAGGGAAUCCUACGGACGUAAAGCAUGUUGCUCAUAUUGGUAUGGAUGGUCCUGCUGCCAGUAAGCCUAGCUGGAUGAAUGGGUUUGAUUCAGCUCAAGAGAUCUCAUCCCAAACUCUAGCCAAUGAUCUACAAGAGGGGGAUUUAGGAAAUCAUGAGCCAUUGCCACCAACCGAGAAGCACAAGAAAUCAAGGCGCAAGCCAUCAAUAGAGAACGGAUUGGACGACAAGUCUCUGAUAGACGGCGAUAAGGGCAAGAAGCACAGACGCCACCGCUCGUCGAACCACUCGAUGGAGUCCCACUCGAUGGAGUCCCCCAGUCGGGAGUCGUCUUCUUCCCACGGGAGACGCCACUCGAACCUCAACGCCGAUGGCGGCGAAUCCGCCGACAUGCCCGACAUCCCAAAGAAAUCCCGACGGAAAAAGUCGAAGGCAUCGGAGGGGGGGUCCUCAUCAUCAAGAUCAAAAACAGGUUCCUUGCCUGAUGUAGGUGAGCUUGAAUCUUAAAAAAAAUGAAUGAACGGCAAAAACAACAACGUGAUAGGGGCUGCCCAUGCAUGGUUUUUCAUGGCUCAACAGCACCAGAUAACAUAAAAUGAAACAACAGGGUUUAAA